CAUGGGGGGUUUGAUGGUCCAUGUAUGUGGACUCAAUCAGUUCUUCUCGUUGACCUAUUCACUCUGUAUACAUAUUUCUAAGAAACCCACUAAAACAAUCUGAACGAAAAUGGGGAAUCCCAUCUACAAGAACCAAGAUGAACCAAUUGAAUCAAGAAUCAAGGACCUUCUCUCUCGUAUGACCGUAAAAGAAAAAGUUGGUCAGAUGACCCAGAUCGAACGCAGCGUCGCCACCCCUUCCGUCAUCAAAGAUCUAUGCAUCGGUAGUAUACUCAGUUGUGGUGGCAGCGGGCCUUUCGAGAAAGCAACGUCGUCCGAUUGGGCGGAAAUGGUUGACUCAUUUCAGAAAUCAGCUCUCGACUCUCGGUUAGGGAUUCCCAUUUUGUACGGGAUUGAUGCUGUUCAUGGUAACAAUAACGUAUAUGGCGCUACAGUUUUUCCGCACAAUAUUGGUCUCGGAGCUACCAGGGAUGAUGAUUUGGUUCGGAGAAUUGGGGAAUCUACGGCUAUUGAAGUUAGGGCCAGUGGAAUUCACUAUAAUUUUGCUCCUUGUGUUGCUGUAUGCAGAGAUCCCAGAUGGGGAAGAUGCUAUGAAAGUUUCAGUGAAGACACACAAACCGUUUGUAAAAUGACUUCCAUGGUUACAGGUUUACAAGGACAACCACCAGAAGGAUACCCCAAGAACUACCCUUUUGUAGCUGGAAGAACCAAUGUCGUUGCAUGUGCGAAGCAUUUUGUUGGAGAUGGUGGUACUGAACAGGGUGUGAAUGAGGGAAACACCAAAGUAUCAUAUGAGGAUUUAGAGAGGAUCCAUAUGGCUCCCUACCUUGACUGUCUUUCUCAGGGUGUUUGCACGGUCAUGGCUUCUUACUCUAGUUGGAAUGGCACCAACCUCCAUGAGAGCCAUUUUCUACUGACAGAAAUUCUAAAAGAGAAGCUUGGGUUCAAGGGUUUUGUUAUCACUGAUUGUGAAGCACUUGACCGGCUUUCCCAUCCUUAUGGAUCAAAUUAUCGAAAGUGUGUUUUGUCAGCCAUUAAUUCAGGGAUUGACAUGGUGAUGGUGCCCUUUCGUUAUAAGUUAUAUCUAGAGGAUUUGACACAUCUAGUAGAAAGUGGGGAGAUACCAAUGAGCAGGAUUGAUGAUGCUGUUGAGCGGAUUUUACGAGUGAAGUUUGUAGUGGGACUUUUUGAAUAUCCCUUAAGUGAUAAAUCUUUGUUAGAUUCAGUUGGUUCCAAGUUCUAGGAGAGUGGAAAAGACCUGGAGCAAUAGAGAGGUCUGAAGAUCUUUGAAAUCUGAGAUCACCUUUCAGGGCCAUGAAGAAGAUGCGGUGAGCUGGUUUGAAGAGUAUGUCUCCAUGUAUUGACGACUACAUAUUUGUCGGUGGGAAUCUAGUUUCUUGGAAGAGCAAGAAACAACAUAAACUCUCCCGAUCAAGUGCCAAGUCAGAGUACAGAACCAUGGUAGAUGUCAUGUGAGAUGACAUGGGUAAAAAGAAUUCUAAGAGAGAUUAUUGAUGACUUGAUGAAAUUAUAUUGUGAUAAUCAGUCAGCAAUUCAUAUAGCCAAGAAUCAAGUAUUUUAUGAGAGGACUAAUCACAUUGAGGUUGAUUGUCAUCUGAUUAGAGACCGGUUUGUUGGAGACAGGCCCUCCAUCGAUUCAACCGGUAAGCAUUAGGGCUGAGCAUCAGCUUGCAGACAUUCUCACAAAGCCAUUGCAGAAACCCCAAAUAGAUUCAUUUAUAACAAGUUGGGCAUGAUUAACAUCUUUGCUCCAACUUGAGGAGGAGUGUUAGACAUCUAGGGUUUUACUUUCUUGACCUCCUUUGUGUAGUUUCCUAAUAUAAGACUCUUUUGUAUAUAUAAAUGCUUGUAUCCUCUCCUAUUGUGAAUAAGACAAUACAAUUCCCAAAAUAUUAUCAUGAUGUAAGAAGCUGUUGAUGCGGUUUCCGACCAAAACAUUUUUGCCAAUCUGAAAUUUGACAACAUACAUCGAACCUUUUCCAAGAUCCUUCGGUUCAUACUUUCUACCACACCCUUUUGUUGGGGAGUCUGGACCACCAAAUGGUGUCUAGAAAUGCCUUGACUAGUGCAAAAGGCAUUAUAAUCCGACGAACAAAAUUCUAGACCAUUAUCCGUCCAGAGAUAUUUGACAUGCUUGUCGGUUUGCUUCUCUAUCAUAGUCUUCCAAUCAUGGAAAGUAGCAAACACAUGAUUUUUAUGUUUGGAGAAAUAAGCCCAUAAUGUAUGCGAGUAGUCAUCAAUAAUGAUCAGCAUGUACACUUCACCACUAUGCGACUGCACUCUCGCCGGUCCUCAUAGGUCAGGAUGCACGUACUCGAGAAUCACCUUGGUGGUGAACUCCAUAAAUGAAGUUCUCACAGAACGGGAGCUUCUUGAUCACUUGGCUACACAAAAGUUUCUUUUUGCUCAACUCCAUCAAACCGGCAUCACCCAUAUGCCCAAGUCUCAUGUUCCACAACUUUGUUUUUAUCGACAUUUGACGAAGGUACCUGAGCAUCUCCUAUGAUGGUAGUGCCCAUCAGAAGAUACAAAUCUGCACUUUACCGAGUGCCCUUCAGAUAGACGAGAGAACCUAUAACCACUUUGAU